AUGGACAUUCAACACCCAGUCCUCUUUGACUCGCGCUCACAUCCCGGACAGCAGGUGUCUUACGUGCAUCUCAACCCAGGCGCCCCGCAUACCCUACUAUUCUGUUAUGGAGCUGGCAAUAGCUCGGUCUUCCUCAAUUUUUACCAAUCAUUCCUGGAAUCACACCCGCAACUGUCGCUUCUGUGUGUUGAUCGAUGGACGCGCGGAAACGAUGUCGCCCGCAGCGGGCCACAGAUGCUCACCGAUCUGACCCGCAUCACUGUUGAGCUUUUGGACCACUUAUCGAUUGGCCGGUUUGCCAUUGCCUCACAUUCUGCAGGCGUCUACCAGCAGCUCGACCUGGCACAGCAUGUCGGUGCCGAAAGGGUGACAAAUUUGUUCUUGAUUUGUUCCCAUAUUCCGACACCAUACACCGGAUCGAAGAUUUUGAAAUCCAUGUGUACGCUGCCGCAGCCCGUAUUCAGAACAAUCGUCAGAACGGACGCCUCUCUUGGAAACACUUGGAUUGGCAAAUUUGUGGCGAGCGUUUUUACGGGCGAGCCCAAUGAGCAAGCCCUGAAUGCACUUGUUGUGUCCAAGGAGCGCGAGAAGAUUGUCUUUAAACAUAUUUUCAACCCGAAGAGUCAUCCAGAGAGGAGAGAAGAGAGACUUGAUUUAGACUACGCGCUGACCUUUGCGAGAAUUAAAGACAUCACCAAUGAUACCUUGGUGAAUUUGUACAAGGGCAGUCCUAUUGACCUCACCUGGUUUACUGCGGAAGGCGAUGCAUUCUUUGGGCCAGAGACCGUCAAGAAAAUCUCGGGAGAUAUACAGAAUGUUCAUACGGACAUGAUUGUUAUUCCUGAUGCAUCGCAUGCCGACAUAUAUAUGAGGACUCAGGUCUGGGAGCGGAUGUACAGUGAUAUGACUAUUUGA